AGAGACCUUAUUAGUGAUGAUGAGGAGGAUAGUUGAAACUACUCAACAUAAACUUUUCUUUGGGAUCGUGACCAAAUUGCAUCAUCUUUGUGCAUCAAUGAGAAGUCCAAUUAUGGCUUUGUUCAAGCAACAGAAGGUGGAGGAUGUUUACGAAAUUGGGGAAGAGCUAGGAAGUGGCCAGUUUGCUAUAGUGAAGAAAUGUCGAGACAAAAGCACUGGUAUGGAGUAUGCUGCUAAGUUCAUUAAAAAACGUCAGAGUCGGGCCAGCCGUCGUGGAGUGAGACGUGAGGAAAUUGAACGGGAGGUUACAAUUCUGCAGCAGAUUCUGCAUGCCAACAUCAUCAAGCUGCAUGACAUCUAUGAGAACAAGACAGAUGUGGUCCUCAUCCUUGAGCUGGUUUCUGGAGGAGAACUUUUUGAUUUCCUGGCACAGAAAGAGUCUUUGAGUGAAGAGGAAGCAACCAGAUUCAUCAAGCAGAUUUUGGAUGGUGUCAAUUACCUUCACUCUAAGAAAAUUGCUCACUUUGAUUUGAAGCCUGAAAACAUUAUGCUUCUAGACAAGAAUAUCCCUAUUCCACACAUCAAACUCAUUGACUUCGGCCUGGCUCACAAAAUAGAAGAUGGAGUCGAAUUUAAAAACAUUUUUGGAACUCCAGAAUUUGUAGCUCCAGAAAUAGUAAACUAUGAACCGCUUGGACUAGCUGCAGAUAUGUGGAGCAUAGGAGUCAUCACCUACAUACUACUUAGUGGUGCAUCGCCUUUCCUUGGAGAAACUAAACAAGAAACGCUUGCCAACAUCACAGCUGUGAAUUAUGAAUUUGAUGAAGAAUUUUUCAGCAAUACCAGUGACCUGGCAAAAGAUUUUAUUCAGAAACUCCUUGUGAAAGAUACACGGAAACGGCUUACAAUUCAGGAAGCUCUGUCUCAUCCGUGGAUAACGCCAGUGGACAAGCGACAGGCUUUGGUUCGGCAAGCAUCUGUUGUUAACAUGGAAAACUUCAAAAGGCAAUAUGCUAGAAGGCGAUGGAAGCUUUCUUACCGUAUUGUCUCAUUGUGCAACCACUUAUCUCGUUCGCUGGUGAAAAAGGUCCUAAUACAAGAUGAAAGUUUGGUAGGUACAUUUCUCAAGCGGGCAGAAGAGAAGGACCAGUUUUACUGUGCAGUGAUUUUUUUCCUUCCUUAUAUGGAUGCACAGCCCAACAGGAUGGCAAUGGUUUUGAGUGGGAAACCAGAUUGGACUGUGGCAUCCCUUCUGUGUCUUUAAUGCUGCUGUAAGUUGUGUUACUGUGACAGAAAUGUUGGGCAAGGAGAGAUGGUGACUCUAUAAACCCUUUAGGUGCUAGCCAUGCUUAUUUUGUAAAGGAGCAGCAUGGAGGCUGCAGGUUAUGUUUGGAUAGCAUAGCAGUGACCGUGCUGUCUGACUGAGAAGUGAGCAGUUGUGGAGAGAGUCUGCGCUGCUGCUCUUGUGCCCAGCUGUGUGACGGAGGGUGGGGGACCCCUGCAGUGCAUGUGACCUUCUGGAAUGAAACUCUGGGAGAUUUUUAUUAGCUCUAAUUUUCUCCAUAGAUGAUACACUAAUAAUGUUAGAACAUCAUGUUUAGGAGCGUGGUAUCUCAUUUGCGUGGUUAUCUCAUUUACGUGACUGAAACAUUUUGGCCUUUCUAUUUCAGAGAAACUGUGAAAGUGACAGUGAGGAUCUUUCACAAAGAAAAGCCACUCAUCAGAGGAGAAGCAGCAUAUCGUAAUGUAAUGAGAAUUCCAUGGGCAGGAGACAGAGGAAACUUUCAUCCUUGCUGAAAAAAACAGCCCUGACAGCAGACCUUCACUUCUUGUCUGAAUCCUGGGUAUGAUGCUUCUCACUUCUCAAACUACACCAACAGCUGGAUGAUGUUAUUAAAUGCCUACUAAGCAUUUUAGAAAGUUGGGGAUCCAGAUUCCCAGGGAAUGCCGCAGCACAAGCACCGACUGGAGUGCUUUUAUACGGUGACCGUUUCAGCGAUACUUCAAUCUAUUUGUGGUAUCAACUGCACUCAGGACGUAGGGUUUCUACUGAUACUCUUUUACUGCAGAAUAAUUCACAUUCCGCACAAUGAUUAAGACUGUGCAUUAUUAUUUCAGUCAGGGAAAUUGUUACUGAGUCUUAAGGAAAAUUCUUAAUACAAUUCUUGUAUUUGUUAAUAGCAUAAAUAUUUGAUGGCAGAUAGCUGACAGGUUUUGUUAGCUGUGUGCAGUACUCUGUUAUUGCUGUCAUUGAAGAGAAAAUCAUAGUGCCAUUACAUAUCAUAACCUUGAUUUCGUGAACCUAGCAGUAAAUGGUUCUGUACUGCAGUAAGAAUUGUGCUCUGGCCGUCGUCUCUGACUGAAGACUAACACAACUGCCACUGUCAAUCUCAGUACAACUGAUUCUGGCCACUGAGAGGAUGAGAUAGGCCAGAGCAAUUUUUGGACGAAAAAGAGAAAAAAUUCUGUAGUGACUUACAUGCACUCAAAUACAAUGUUUUUACAGAAUGAUGGCAGGAUGCCUCACCAAAACAGGGCACUUAAAAAGCCACGGUAUAUGAAGAAAUAGUCUUUAUUAGACUUUGUUAUUGUUUUAAUUUAUUGUCGGCAAAUUGGAGAUUCAUUAACACCUAUUUGUAUAGGUGUUGUUUACAUGUAACCCAAACUGCAAAUAUCUAUGUUCUGUUCCAGGGCUUUUAUCCAAAAUUGAGGAAGUAAGCACUUUGGUAUUGAUGUAACGUCUUUGUGCUAGGAAGUUGCAUCAUCUUAACUAUAUUAGUUUCUAAGCCAGUAUUGUUCAGUUGGUACCAAAAAAUGUGCAUAGACUAGGUUAUUUUUUUCAUAUUAGUUGUUAGAGGUUCAUAUUUAUUCUCCCAUUUAAAAAAUUAAAAAUCAGAAAGCAAGCCUAUAGAAACAACUAUAGAUGGACAAGGAAACUGGUUUUGUUUGGCUUUAUGGUUGUCACUUCUAGGCUGCGGUUUUAGACCUGAAGGUGUGAACUGGUGUUGAAAACUUGUAUCGGGUCAAUUUUGCCUGGUUUCCAGUUUCUAUGAAAGAAAUAAAAAUACGCUACUUUUAUUUGUAGCUUUGUAUCCUUGCUUAAGCAGAGACUGAAAUGCAGUUGAUGAGAAAGUAUUUCUGUGAAAGGAAGGAGAUGUGCAAGAAGCAUUGGAGAAGAAAGGCAGAAAGUAGGAUUUGAGGGAAGACACAAAAUGAAGGAAGUGGGAGGAGGGGAGGAAGCAGUGGAGAGGAACGAGGAUGAGGGGGACAUGUAGGGAGUGGAGGUGAACCUGGACCGGGAAGGUUGAAGGAAGGGAAAGAGAAUGUAGGUGUAGGAAUUGUGGAAGCAGAAGAAUGAAUGUUUCGGCAAAUAUGGCACUGCAUUUUGAUACUAUUUAUUUAAUUUCCCUUUAUUUCAUGUCUUGUGCUGCCAUAGCCUGUGACAUAUGCCUGGUCAAGGGAUGAGGAGCAGCGCAUGGGCUUCUCUUCGCAUUCAAUUAAAAGGUGCACGUCUGAGCUUUCUGUGUAAUUUUUGAGGCAGAAUCCUCAAAAAGUGCUGUAGUAAGGUAUAUAUUAAGAGGGACCAGUAAUGGGAAAAACUAUUGUUUCAGUGUCUGGAGGGAGUCUUUCAUAAAUAGAGCACUAAAAAUAUAUAUUUGGAUAAAAAGCUGCCCAGCUUACCUACCAAAUUUUGCUUCCUGCUUUCCCUGUCCCAUGCGUUACCAUUAGUUCAUUCCCUGGGCUAAGGAAAACCAAAUAAACUCUGAGCCAGUGGUAUUUUUCUGAAUUCCUGGAGUUUCAAAACACCUUCAGUUGUCCAAAUUGGAGAUUGUGGGAUAUGUACAUAAAUCGCACUUGUGAAAAUUAAGCCCUGGUUAAAAUAGCUGUUAGGUUGUUGCAUCAGAAUUGUGCUCUCGUGGAGAUGAGGUAAUUCUUUUUAUGUUAAAUCCUAGCAACUAUUGAGCAAGAUGGGAUGCAGUAAAAAGGCAGACAGAGGAGUGCAAGGCAGCGUGAAGCCAUAAGCUCCAGCGUAUUAAUUCUACAUUAAUAAAAGAUGUAAGGUGGUGUUUUAACAAAGACAUUACAGACAGCUCAUGGCGUUUGGUCUUCAGUCAUCUUUUUGCCCAGGUCAGCUAAGGACAGGAGUGCUGGCUUAGUCACAGGAGAGCAGCAGGGUUGGCCUUUUUCUACGGCGCUCAGUCGUUCGUAGCCUCACGUGGCUCCCAAGUGCUGUGGCAUUAAUUGCACGGAAACCACAACAAGCAGCACUCUGUCAAGCCAAACUAUUCUCUCGACUGUUCCAGACAGGAGUGCGCUGUGAGUGUAUAAUCUCGUGUUCUCAGGACUAAUGUUUGUGAUUUAUUAGGAAGUUUUACUGUGUUUUUCCAAAUGUGGUGGUCUCUCUGACACCCUAUCUACUCUACUGAGGUAGAAGUUCAGCCCCAUUUCAGGGAAGCAUAGUCCAGUUAAACUCCGUUUACAGCACUGGAGGACACCUUCCUCGGUGCAGGGCUUAGUCUCAUUCCUUACCAUUGGUGGUUUUUGAGCAACAACCUAGAGGUUCCUUUUUUUAAGGAAAAAAAAAAAAUAGCAUGGAAGGGAAGGUGGGGGGGGGGGGGGGGGAGAUGUAGUACACUUCAAUAAAAUAAUUUAUGUUACAGAAUUUACUUUGGAGGGGGAGAAAAAUUGAUUUUUCUGUGUAUUGUUUUGGAGCAGUAAGGAAGCUGGAGACAAGUGGUAAGCCUGAAAAAAGCAAGCCUUUUUUUAUUAAAAUAAGACUAUUUUUAUUGCUUUUUUAGUGGUGAUGUUUUUAAAUCUGUGCGCCUAUAUUUUUAUUAAGAGAAAUACCGAUUUUUAUGUGCCUGGAAAUAGCACAGACUGUCAAAGAUAACAAACCUAUUUGUUACGCUGAUCUGCUAAUAAAAUUUUGCAAAGCGG